UCGAAAUAGUAGGGUGAAGUUAUGUUUUGAUAGGUAUUAUGCAAUUUAAUUGCGUUAUCUAUAUCUAAUUUGUUAUUGCAACAUUUAAAUAACAAUGUCUCACGAUACAGAUCUAUUAAUAUCAGUGCCACGUUCUUGUAUAACGGAAUUUUACAAUAAAUACUUGAAUUUGGUUGAAACUUUUUAUUAUGUUACUCUAACUGAGAAUAAAUCUACUCCUCACAAAGAGAAAACAGAGAAUGUGUAUUUUAAUGUUAUUUUCAACUUGAAUCCUGCUGAUGGAAGCUUUAACCCCCGCGAGCUGAUUGGGAGGAUACAGAAAUAUGUCGAGUCAUCGUUGGGAUGGGCUGGUGAGCGGGGCGAAGACUCGAGUUACGACUCCGAAUGCGAAGAUGAGAGUGUGCACCGCGCCGCAUCACGUACGUCUUCGGACACUCUCGCUGCUGAGUUUGCAGAAUACGUCACACUUGCCCCACCACAACCGAACCAGGCAAAGAUAGAGUUUGCGGUAAAGUUAGGAUAUUCGGAACGGCUAGCCCGAACAGCAUUGAUGCGAUUGGGCCCAGAUCCACCUCGUAAUGAGCUCCUCGCUGAGCUGAUAAAGUUAGCAGCGAAGCAGCCACCUCGAGCGCUAUCACCGCCUCCGUCUGCCGAACCGGACCCGCCGCCCGACCGAGCUACGUUAAGGCAUAUCGUCAUUGAUGGCAGCAAUGUUGCCAUGAGCCAUGGCAAUAAAGAAGUAUUCUCGUGCCGAGGUAUAGAAAUAUGCGUGGACUGGUUCCGCUCUCGUGGUCACAAGGAUAUCACUGUAUUUGUGCCUAAAUGGCGAAAAGAAGCCUCUAGACCGGACAAUCCUGUCGCUGAUCGUGACGCUCUCGAACGACUUGAACGAGAACGUGUACUCGUGUACACCCCUAGCAGACUUGUAGGCGGAAAACGUCUCAUUUGCUACGAUGACAGAUACAUUUUAAAACUGGCUGCUGAAACCGAUGGAAUAGUAGUCUCUAAUGACAACUAUCGUGACCUAGCUGCGGAGAGCCCAGAAUUCCGGAAAGUAAUCGAAGAGCGUAUCCUAAUGUAUUCAUUCGUGAAUGAUCGGUUUAUGCCACCGGACGAUCCGUUGGGUCGAUUAGGACCAACACUAGAUGCGUUUCUCCGGGCGCCACUCUCGCGCGCAGAACCGCCGCCAGCAUGCCCUUACGGUAGGAAAUGUACCUAUGGAAAUAAAUGUAAAUACCACCAUCCGGAACGAGCAGGCCGUCCACACAAAUCGGUAGCGGAUAGGCUUUCUGAAAGCGCAGCGCGAGCCCUUCGAGCUCGAGAUUUACAUACGGUCAGUUUGCCACCAGGCGGCCGGCCGUCUGACAACAAGCGUCCACUGGCUCGCGCGCACUCAGCAACGCCUCGUUUAGCAGAUACUGCGCUCGCUACGCAUUUCGAAAGAGCGCAAAUGCAGUUAGCUGGGCCAUCUCAACCGCAAAUGACACCGAUUCCCCAACCGUUGGCACAGUCCGAAGUAAAUUCGCAUCGCAAGCUCGCCCGACAAUUGACUUUAAAUCCGGCGUGUGAUCCGCGACUUUCCCCCCAUACAUCAGCCGCUAGAGUCGCUUCUGCUCCUGUCGGAGCCACCGGAGCCACCGGAGCCUCGGGCGGACAGAUGUCGCCAUGUGCCUCGGAAGGGGCAUUGCAACAUUGGGAUGCACGACGCCGAAUGCACUUUCACCUAACUGGCAUUUUCCCCGAAGCUCAAGUCGCUGAAGCGAUGGCCAUGUAUCCAGAAGAAACAGACGCCCAAAACAUGUGCGCAAUCAUCCUAGCGAGAUACAGACCCAGCGAAGCACAACUUCCGAGACACCUCCCACAUUGAUUUAUUAUUCAUGGCAUAUUGGACCCCUGACUGAACGAGUUGAUGGUAAGAGUUAUUUCCGAUUUCUAAGUGAAAUCAGAUAUUACAUUCUAUACUAUUCAACAUUUUUUGUGUACAGAUUUUUACAUUUAAGGCUAUUUGGUUCGUCAUUUUCCGACAUAUAUGUAAGUAUUAACAUGUUAGAAGAAACUGGUAACUAAUUUACGAGAGCAACAUAAUAACGAAAAAGCUACAAUUUUGUGCCAAUAUCAAUGGUCACUAUUAAGCUGUUAUUACUAAAAUAACCAUUUAUAUGUAUUGUAAAUUGUGUGUAUAUAUAUUUUUCUGUUAUUACAUGCAUAAUGUUAACAAAUUGUUUAAAUUUUAGAAAAAUAUUUUUCUAUAUAUGAUAUGUAUAUGUAAUCUUUCUAAAAGAUACUAUUUUAUUAGUGGUGUCCAUAGAACAAAAAUGUCUACAGCAAAAAAAAAUAAAACGUUGACACAUUCAACGUCUAGGUCAAGAGAUGAGCAGUGAUUUUUGAAGUCUCAUUUGGCGUAAUCUAUGCUCAAUAGGCAUAGAUUAAAUUUGGGAUA